GCUAGUUUCCGUCACAAUAACAACAGCUGGAAGCAGCUAGCUAAAGAUGGCCGCCGCAACCAUGGCGGGGCUCGACUAUGGGCUCGACGCCCACAGGAUGGAGGAAAAGAAGUUCGAAUACUUCUCCUCUAUCAACUCCAUGGCAAAGAAAAUAAUGCAGGAGAGGGAGAAAAUUAAAGCCAACCACGGCUCGUCCUGGGAGAAAAUGACGCCGCAAGAGCAAGACAGCGCUAUCGACAACGGGAUGAUGGAUCCCCAUAUCAGAGCUCGAUACGCCAUGCACAGAGUUGACCGUGAAGAAGUGGUCUGUUACCCUAAACUGCUCAUUCAGACGGGUCAGAAGAUAGUUCAUUUCGGGGAAGAGGAUAUCACCUGGCAAGAUGAGCAUUCUGCCCCUUUCUCGUGGGAAACAAAGAGCCAGUUGGACUUUAGCUUGACAUCAGGCCCUGCUGACCAGGGAAUCUCAGCCUCGCAGGCAGAAUCAAAGGCUGUAAAGGUACCUCAUCCCAGCCAGCUUGCCAAGAGUACACCAGGAACCAAGGUGUCUGUAAGCGAGGGACGGAGACUAGAGGAAGAGUCGUCUUUCUGGAAGAUCAGCGCCGAGAGGUCUAGGCUGGAGGGAGAGCAAGCCAACUUCCAGUCCCUAACCCCCAGCCAGAUCAAAUCCCUCGAGAAAGGAGAGAAAUCCCUCCCCUCCUACCUCCGACAGGAGACCUCUGUCACCACCAAGGAGCCUGAGGCAGCAGACCCCCACCCUCCAGCUGCUUCCAGGUCCACCAAACAGCGAGCACCCAAACCUCCUGCUCCCCACCCCCCUAUCCCUGUCUCUGUAAGCGCAACACCAUCCAUCUCCAUUUCGUCAAGCCCAUCACCACCUGUCAGCGUGUCGUCGUCCGUUGCGGGAUGGGAGCGGUCUCAGAGCACCCUGCCAUCGGUCAGCAACACCGUGGAUGAAGUGUUCUCCACCAGCAUGAUGUCCAAGCCCUCCAACCACCCCACCAGUGUGGAGAAAGAGGAAGAAGGUUCUACCGCCAGCCCCACCUUUGCCCAGUUCAACACAAGCAACAACAUCCUGAAGACUGGAUUCGACUUCCUAGACAACUGGUAAACCACAGUCGGGACCAGUCACCGCUAUCUAUGAAUGAAUCAUUCUCAUCGUCACUCUAAAGAAGGACCACGCUGCCACGACCACAGACAUCCACGUCUAGAUUUAACAAACACCAGGCUUUAGAAAUGACCACAAUUAUAUUGUUGUAAUUAUCUUCAGUGGCUUCUUAAGACAUUAUCUCACUGCCUGUGUGCUGGUGUUCCCUCUCCAUCUCUGAUUUAGGUUUGAAUCUCUUAGAUGUCUUGCCAAACACCCCCUGCCCACUAAAUGCUGAGUGAGCAGGGAUUGUGCUCUGUGUCUGUGCAUUCACACUGCAACAGCUUGGUUGGAAGAUUACAUAAGAGUAUGGAACUGCAUCAAAAAUAAAUGUCGUAAAGAAAUUUAAGAGCUAGCUAGUCAUCUUUUUACCCUGAAGUCUUUCAAAUAAAUGUUUUAAAAAGAAACAGGAAGGCUGGGGGAUAAAGUAGUUUGGAAAUCAAAUGGUUUAUUAGCCAACACCAAUAAAAAGUUCAGUUGUGGACGCAUUUUCUCAAACGACAAGUUUGUUAAUUGGUCUACACAUUAGCCAAGGGUUACCAGGGAUAUACCUGAAUUACCAGGUAACUCUGAUAACCCAUUGAUCCCGUUUUUUUUGUAAUGUGAAUGCACAGUAACGGUGUGACUUGGCUGCCUUUUACAUGUAUCUUUUAGACACUAAUACAGCUAGCAAGGACAUUUUUGUACCUUAAGCAUGUCAAAUCCCGCACUCAUCCCAUUUUCUAUGUUUGUUUAUUUCGCUCUUUAAUGUGCUUUUAUUUAUACGUACCUAUAUAUUCUUAUAAACCUAAGAAUUUUAGAGUUAACGUAGUGCUCAGUACUGCAGUCCUGGCCCACAUAACGCAAUUACUACAGACAUCAUUCCUACUGGUCAUGGAAUUUCCUGGAAUAUCAAUGAACUGUUGACAUAUUUUCAGAUGGGAAAUAUCAUGGAAUUUUACCAUUUAGCAGAAUGUAUUUUCCAACUUUCACACACUCAUUGAAUUAGAUGGUGUUUUUUUUAGCAAGUAGAAACCCAGCUGACAAAGCCAUGGUAGUGCUCAAACUCAUGGUGUGAAUGUCCGGGCUGCCUGUUACAGAUGUCAUUUAUGGAUUUAGUGUCUCGCCAACACUUCCUCACCCUUUCCAACUGUCACCUUUGACCUCAAACUAGUGCUAAGCAAAGCAAAGUAGUGCAUUUAUAAUGAAAAUAAGACACAUUCAAACGUUGUGUUUUAGAUAAACGGGCAGGCAUGUAGUGAUUUGUACCACUCCUGUCAUAGUUUACAUGAUUAGAGUACUAUUUUACUGAAUUUUAUAUUUAUCUGCUGAUUGUAUCUUAUGCUAUACAUGUAUAUUGCACUCAUGCAUUUUGAGGUCACAGAUUGGAAGGAAGUAAAUAAAUAAGUCAACUCU